GACUAUUUAAUUGAGGACUGAUUUGUCUAACUUACUCAUUGACACUCAGCAGUACCUACCUAAGCAGUGGCAGUGAUUUUUUCCCUCCCUUCCUCCUCUUCUGGACAAACUCCCCACAAUGAAGAUGCUGCUGCUCCUGUCUGCUCUGCUCUCUGCUGCCCUGCUAGCCAGCACAGCCCCUCCAACUUGCUACUCGAGGGUGUUGUCUCUGAGCAAGGAAAUCACAGAGUCUUUUAAGGAGUUGCAGACCUCCAAAACUGACUCAUGUGUGGAGACGCUGCCCAGGCUGUACUUGGACAUACACAAUUACUGUGUGUUGGCAAAACUCCGUGAUUUUGUGGCCUACCCCGGAUGUGACAGAGUGGUUGAAAUGAAUAAACUGAAGGAAAAAGCCCGGAGCCUGUACACCAUCUUGAUCUCCUACUGUAGAAGGGACCUGGUGUUCCUCACUGAUGACUGUAAUGCUCUGGAAAUUCCCAUUUCACCUCCCAUUGAACACUCCAUCACUGAGAGCUAAAAGACAGUUAAACCCAAAAGUUAUGCCUGGGAAAUUUUCGACGUGACCAAAAGUCAAGAUAUGUAUAUGCAGUCUAUAACAUCAACAACUAAGAUCUUUUUCAAGCACACUCGCAAUAUGAUCUCGGACCCACCCAUUUUUCUCUGCCUUGGCAGGAAAUGAAUUGCAUACCUUGCAUACCUACUGAGCUGCUAGGGAACCUACCAUUAGGGAGCAGUUUUUCGUUUGGCAAGGUAUGAUAUUUCAGCUUAGCCAAACGUAUAAAGUAUGUUUUGUUUAAACAUCAGAAACUAGAUUUUUUAUUUUUACUCUUUUAUGAAUAACUAGACUCAUAUAAAGAAAAAAACUGUGUGAUUAACAUUCUCUCUUGACUUAGCUGUUUUUCUUGUAUUAGAUGGGCAUGGAUGAGACCAUAUUUGUUUUUUGUAGGAUGUUUAAUAGAAGAACGUAUAGUAACGUUGUACUGGCAGAUUUCUCUGCCUGAAUAGCUCAAAUAUAUAUCUUGAUAGUUUUUGAUGUCAGAUUUGUGAGAUUAGAGGUGACAAAAAAUGUGUCUGUGGAAAACUAAAUAAAAACAGUCUUCUAAUCCAA